UGCCUAAUAGUUCACCCUUAGUCUCAUCGCAUAGACCGUACAAGUCUUCAGCGAAGUCUUCACAUCCCCCUAUAUAUUGACAGAAAUAUUUGUGUCUUUUUUCCUUUCUUAUUUAACCUACGCAACUUGAGCCUUGUUCUCUAGCCGCCAUGGCGACGGACCACCAAAAAGCCGAGGAAGCAGACCGUCUCACUCUCCUGCCAGCAGAGCUCCUCGUAGACAUCAUCGAGCAUGUAGACGUCGCUUCCCACCUGAACCUUGCCUGUACUUGCAAGAAAAUUGCCAAGUGUUCAGCAGGCAUUCUUCGCCGUCACCGAAAAGCCCAUAAUCAGUAUGGCGUCGUCUCGGACCUCCAGCCGGCAACUAUGCCCACGUUGUUGCGCAAUAUUGUCACGCACCGGGAUCCGUUGAUCACAUGUCACAUACGCUCACUAGAGAUAUGGGGUCGCCGAAGAUUUUGGGAAGACUGGCGGCCGUUCAUGCUCCAGCCGCGAGAACGUUUUGAUGAAGAUGCGCUGCCGUUGGAGUGGCUGUUUGAAGACGAGGAACGGGCGGAAUACAUGCGUCUUUUCGAGGACAUGUUCCAUCCGGACCACUACGAUACGUGUAUGGCCAAACAACAACUCGACGAAGGCAAAGAUGGCAUCCUUAAGGUUCUACUCACGGCUAUAUGCCCUCGAUUAAACAGUGUGAAGUACGUUUUGUGCGACGCGGGCAACAGAGAUGAAAGCCUCGUAUAGCUCGCUUCGCUCAUCGAAAAGAGUAAGUCUCUCGGAUCCUGGGCACCAGGGUUACGCGCUCUUCGUGAGGUCUCCAUCGGAGUGCGCUCCGGAACUUGGCUAGACUGUGGAUACGGAGUCCAUCAUCCACCCGAUCUCGCAACUAUCCUCAAGCUCCCCAGCAUCGAUACGGUCUACAUCCACGGCCUAUACGAUCAUGAUCGCACCGAAGACUCGGCC